AUGGCUCACGGAAAAAUGACAUUGUACAAGCUGGUGGUGCUGGGAGACGGCGGAGUGGGAAAGACCGCGCUCACGAUACAGCAGCUGUGUCUAAACCAUUUCGUUGAGACGUACGAUCCGACGAUCGAAGAUUCCUACCGCAAGCAAGUACAGAUCGACAACCAGUCAUGCAUGCUGGAAGUGCUCGACACAGCUGGCCAAGAGGAGUACACAGCCCUGCGAGAUCAAUGGAUACGAGAUGGUGAAGGCUUCGUGUUGGUGUACUCCAUCUCGUCUCGAUCGUCCUUUGCGCGGAUACAAAAGUUUCACCACCAAAUACAAAGGGUGAAGGAAUCGGCAGCGGCAGGCUCACCAACCUACCCCGGCUCUCCGCUCUCGCAGACAAUGGGCAGCCCACUACCUGGACCGGUGCCAAUCAUGCUGGUGGGCAACAAAUGCGACAGGGUGACGGAGCGGGAGGUGUCCACGCAGGAGGGUAGCGCUCUGGCCAAGCAACUCAAUUGUGACUUCGUCGAGGCAUCCGCAAAGAACUGCGUCAAUGUGGAGAAGGCUUUCUAUGAUGUGGUGCGUCGAUUGCGCAGCCAAAGG